AUGGCUGGCAACCUAGCAACGCUCGACCCAGCCGUGGGGUCUGUCUGGCGGACGACACUGGCUGGGGCCUGGGCGCGAGCGAGGUCAGAGCCUUCAGAAGAGCAGGACCCAACCCUAAGCAAGGCAAGCAACCCACUGGACGCAGGCCGAGCGCUCCUGGAGAAGAAGCACCCAGGGACGGCCUGCGCCACAGCGCCCAGGAUCCCACCAAACACGCACGAUGCCAAGGUAGCGCGAGCAAAGUACCCGGCUACUGUGAGGCCAAGUGGCACUGCUGCUGGCAGAGCACCGACCUCCCGCCGCGCUGGGAGCUACACAGCAAAGCCGGUGCCUGGGAAGCUUGGCGCGCUUCUGAUGGAUCGAUCCCCGUCCCACCGGGUGCGAGUCGCAGUCGUAAACUAUAGCCCGACCCGGGGAAUGGACAGCUUACACUUCCGUCUCGACUUCACAUGGCCAACGCUGGCGCCCUUUGCGACACUGCUGCCAGCUGGACACACUUACACCCACCGCGCUGGGCUUCCAUUGGGGGUGCGAGCUGUUGAUGCUCCCGAAAAGCGAAGAGCACGCAACGUGCUGCGCGAACGACACACGACACACAGCUGUCUUACCUCCAGUCAUUAG